AUGCACGCCACACUUACGAACAUUCUGGCCAUCGCUUUGGCUCUUGCUGGAAGCGUUCAGCCGAGUGUGAUAAGGUUGGAACAGCGGGCUCCAUUUUACUUUGGAUGGCAUGCAACGACCCAAGCAAAGGCUGAGCAGAUGCAAAAAGCCGGCACAAUGUUAUAUUUGGGAAACUCACAGAAAACCAACCAACUUGGUCCUGGCGUAUACUUGUCGGAAAAGCUGGGCGCAUGGUCGGGUGAAGUCGUAUGUUUAUUUGCAGCCGACGAAAGCAAAGUCGCUGCGGCGGAAAAAGUUAAGUACCCGGCGAAAAACAGAGCAGGCAAAAACAUCCAGUGGGAUUGGACCAAUUAUGAGGGGAAGAAACAAGGGAAGUAUAUCCAGGAGUAUUUUCAGGACGUUGGGGCGGACAUGGCAACGUCUUUGAGGCUUUCGGACUGGGACAAUGGCAUCCAGCUCAAAGUCCCUGAAGCAAUGUGUGGGACAGCGAAUCCGCUGGAGAUCACAAUUGUUGAAUGUGCCCCUUACGCCGACAAAGACUCAAUGAAGAACAAGGAUGUGGUUGUGGACUUCAAGUCCUGGCCUGGCUGGAAGGGUUGGCUGGCUAGUGAGCCAGUGCCUGCAGCAGACGAGGCCGAGGCAUGCAAACUCGACGCCCGCGGCAAUACCAGCGGCAGCGGAUGUUCGUCUUCCCAGACAUCUUCGUCCACCAGCGCAGCCCCGUCUACCACAUCGCCUUCGUCCACCAGCGCCGCCUCGUCAACCAAAGCAACUUCAUCCACCAAGGUCUCCACAUCUACUAAAGCGACUUCAACCACUAAGGUCUCCACAUCUUCUAAAGCGAUCAAGAAGACUACUUCGUCGAAGAAGCCUAAAAGGACACCGGCAUAA